CAUUCUAAAUCUUUUAACUACUCAACUAUAAGGUCUUGUUGACAUUGCAUGUCUAGAUGCCAAUUCUUUUCUGCUUGUAUUGAAUAUCUAUUUCGUCCAUUUAUUUUCUAUGCAAUGCAGACUGGCACCAGUGUUUAGCAGUGCUGUGAUUUAGCAGUUGUUUCUCGUCACACACCAGGAAACUUGAGCUCAGGCAAUGGAGAUGGGAGUAGCUGUUAAAGUUCUCUGUGUCUUUGUGCUUCUGCUGCACAACAGCAUUCAACAAGUGUUCAAUGACAGGGUGAAUCUCAUUCUUCCUGCAGAUUAUAACAUUGGCUGGAUGAGAACUCUGGAUGAUAAUAAAUUAAUUUCUAGCAUCUCCAUUCCUGGCACUCAUGCCAGCUUGGCUGUUCAUGGAGGACCAGAAGCAGAAUGUCAGUCGUGGUCACUGGAGAGCCAGCUGAAGGCUGGCAUACGCUACCUGGAGUUGAGUGUGUCUGGAAGAGACCUGAAAGUUGUGCAUGGACUGUUUUCUCAACAUACAACGUUCGUUAAGGUUCUCGACACCCUUAAGAAAUUCUUGUCUGUAUAUACAUCUGAGGCAGUGGUAGUCCAAGUUAAGCAUGUGUCAAAGGACCGGUUUCCAGUUAGGGUGCUUAAUCAACUUAAAAAUGAUCCUGAUUGUUGGGUUAGUAAUAAAGUACCCCAAAUUAAAGAAGUUAGAGGAAAGAUUGUUUUUGUUCAGAAAAAUGACUUUAAACUGGGAAUCUCUCUGAUAGAAACUGAUGAAGAGGAUGACUAUAAAGUAAGCCAUAUUGGAGUAAAGGAAGCUAAAAUUACCAGGCAUCUGAAUGAGGCUUUAAAAGACUGUAAAGCUGAUAUUGCUGUGCUGAGCUAUUCAAGCGGCACAGGCUGGCCUGUACUGAGACUAGAUUACACUCCUAAAGCGGUAGCAAAAAAGAUAAACCCCUGGCUAUAUGAUUAUCUUGGAGGCAUUUUUUCACCGACUUCAAAACGUUGUUUUGGGAUCUUAGCGAUGGACUUUCCAGGCUUUGCUUUGAUACAACGAAUCAUUGGUUUUAACCACUAGUUAUUUAAGAACAUUUGUUAGUCACUUUGAUUUUGUCAUGUCAGUGAUUUAGCAUUAUAACUGG